AUGCAUUAUAACCCGAUCUUCAUAUGUCUCGUCGCAGUCACCCUGUGCUUUGCUGGUCGUCGAACUGACGAACGACUAUCAUCAAAGCAAGGCCUGGCCUUCUCAACGGACGAAAACAGCGAUCGCCUCAUACGUGCUCUUAAAAUCUGCGAUCAGUCCCUCGACGAUGCCGUCAUCCUUGCCACGAAGUAUAUAAAUCAAAGCAAUACACUUCUACCUCCCGAAUUUCCAGAAUCUUGCAAGGAACUCAUAGAGCUAGUGGAAGAGCUUUUAGAAAACCGCCGUACUAUUAACCCCCGCUACUAUCAACAGGGCAUGGAUCAAGUUCCGAUGAAUCGGGCUCCUCGUACGCGCGCAAUAUCAUCGACCUUGUACGGUCUGACACGCGGGUGCCCCCAAGUAUAUUCCACCCCCAAACGCAGUUAUCGCCGCGAAAUCUGUGAGGCCAAUGUAUGUCCCGCGAAGGGUCUUGAGAAGACCUGCAAAUCCAAAAACCUUCAGCCUACCGCAACCCAGACUUGCAAGAUGUGCUAUCCAACGCCAAAUGCCAAACUUAUCACUGAGCACUGCCAGGCGAGAUGGCAGCGAGAGCGGAAAGCGUUCUAUAUUGUUUGCUUCGUUCUUAUGGGGCUUACACUUGUUUCGGGAGUGCUCCUGCACAUACGCAGAUAUUGUGUUCGGAAGCGAAAACUGCAGGCAGAGGAUGAGACGGCAGCCAAACAAUCCGGAGAGAUCUAUCACUAUGAUGGCGCAAGUUCCUCAAUAUCAUUCGGCCCGGAUGAUAGUGAACCAGAAUCCAGUAACGCCGAGCGAGAUGUCGACGAAGAAAACGAAGCUCAUGAUAUAUGGGACGAGGGCGAUGGUGAUAUUGGGAGCGCCACUGCUCAGAGGAAGUGGAAACAGCUUGGAAUACUUUCCAAGACGGGUCGAAAGAGAAUACAAGAUUUAUUCGAUUUGGAGGCAAUGCGGUCUAGACGGGAGGUUGGAGGCAACCCCCAACAGCGACAUUCUGGCGACAAGAUUCCAGUCAUGCCUCGGGCUCCAAAUGCAACGGUGCGACCGGUAGAGCGAGAACAUAGACGGGGACGAUCCGAAAGGCGACUACCAGAAUCCAGUAAUGCUUCAGCAGUCGAACUACAGGUUAUGCGGAAGAGUGGCACCGCUUGA